AUGAAAGCAUUGCCAAUGGCUUGUUUGCUUUGUGCAGUUUUCCACGCUAAUCUCAUAUUAGCCACAAUGUCCUACAUGGAAGACGUCCAGAAUGAUUUUGCGAUCAAUUUUCUUAAAAAAACAGCAAAUAGAAAUGGCGGGACUUUCAUAUCACCUUAUGCUCUACUGAAAACUCUUUUUCUACUAUAUUCAAUAACUGAUGGAGAAACUAACGAAGAAAUAUUUCACACAUUAGCACGAAAUGGAAGUCAAGAAGAGUUUAAUUCAUAUAUUCUACAAUUUGUGCUGGAAAAUAAAGAAAGAAUUCAGAAUCCCUUAGCAGUUCACUCAACAAAUCGUUUUUAUAUUUCGCGACUAUUAGCCAUGAAACCUGGAUUGCCAAGAAUUAUUCAGCUUUUUUUUAAUGAAUCUGCAUAUGCAUGGGAUGGCAGGCAUAAAAGUGAAAUUGCUGAGAAUAUUAAUACUUGGGUGGCUCGAAAAACCGAUAAUAUUGUAAGAUCUGUCUUUCAUUCAAGUAAUGUGGAAAGUAGUGCCGAUAUCUGGUUUUUGAAUAUGAUCUUUUACGAUCUUCAGUUCAAAAAAGCAUUCAAGCAGUCGCAGAAAGCGAUGUUCUUUUUUUCUUACAAUGACCUGUCAUCCUCUCUUAAAUGGCAAUUCGCAAAAGGUAUUUUUGAAUAUUAUGCAGACGAUCAAGUGCGAUUUGUAAGACUGCCUCUUAUAAGUGAUUCUGAUUCCUUAGAAUGUGUCAUCAUUUUGCCAGCACAACGUUUUGGAUUAUUUAAAUUCUUAAGAACAUUAUCAAGCAGAGAAUUAAUAAAUUUGAUACACCAUGGUAGUCCACAUUUUGUAAAAGUGAGAAUACCAGAAUUCACUAUCGAAAAUCAAUUGCUUAUGAAGAAUAAAUUGAAAUCUGUAGGAAUUAAAAAACUUUUUGCUCAAAAUUCAGAUUUUUCCACUUACUUUUACCGUCCGAUUUCAAUCGAACAAAUCAUACAAAUAGGAGGAAUAACGUUCUUACCAAAAAAAGGAUCGAGGAGAUCGCUAACCCCAAGUAGUGAUAUUCAGAAUAGAUCAGUGCCAACAGUUAAUUUCAUAGCUGACGAACCAUUCCUUUAUUUGGGCAUCAAAAAUAACAAAACUAUUUUGUUUGCUGGCAAAUAUGAUUUUGAUUAG